CAUUUCUUGAGAGGAAGGAAGCGGAGGUUCCGUGUCCAUUUCUUGAAACAUAUUAGGAUCACUGUGCUGUAUUGCUCAGUUUUAAUUAAUUAGCCUGGUAAGCUAGAUAAUACUUUAUAAUGUCGAAGAACACCGUGUCUGACCGUUUCAGGAAGGUAGAUGUGGACGAAUACGACGAGAACAAGUUUGUCGACGAGGAGGAUGGUGGAGAGAACCAACUAGGUCCAGAUGAGGCAGAAGUUGACUCUCUAAUCAGACAAGGGAAUUUAAUGGAAGCCCUGCAGGCGGUCUUAAAGAACCCACCGAUCAACACAAAGAACCAGAAUGUAAAGGAUCGGGCAGAGGGCUUGGUGCUGAAAGUCCUCACUGCCUUCAAGAGCAGUGACAUUGAGAAGGCGGUGCAGUCUCUGGAUAAAAAUGGCGUGGACCUCCUCAUGAAAUACAUCUACAAGGGCUUUGAGAAGCCGUCCGAAAACAGCAGCGCUGUCUUGCUGCAGUGGCAUGAAAAGGCCCUGUCUGCUGGUGGAGUGGGCUCCAUUGUGCGAGUACUGACCGCCAGGAAAACAGUCUAAGGGAGAUAUCUGGACCUGCUCCACACCGCAAAGAGAUGGUACAUUAAAACCAAGAGUUGGUUCACAGGGUGCAGUGGAGGAAUCCCUCCUGUAUGUUCUUCCUUCCUUUAUCUCUGCUUGCUUCAAGCCUCUCCCGUUCCCUCUGCAGUCACACGCCACGGGCUCACCAUGCCUAUCCAAUGCCGGACACUUACAAUGCAAAGAGUGGGAUGCACUCUGUGGUGAGGAUCUACCUAGAAAGGGUUUUCAUAUUGAAAAAAAAAAAAAAAAAAAAGUGGCCAGUAUGCUGUCACAUCUGUGUCAAGGGCAGGAUGACUCAUUUUAGCUCUCAGGAAUAUCUUCAUCUUGAGGUUCCUUUGAUUAAGAGGACCGUUGGUCCUUUUUUUAUUUAAAGCAGAUUGGCCAUUUCAUCAGGAUUAUAUUAUAGUGAUUCCUAUGAAAUCCUCAGGCGGUUGCCGAAGUGGCCCAGAGCGAUCAUACCGCAAAUGGAAUCCUGCUAGGCUUGUGGUGGGGGUCGCCUCCUGCGUGCCCUACUUUAGGCUUAAUACCCUCUGUGUGACACAUGAGGCCCAUCACCACUCACACUCAUCCCAUCACCACAUUGCAUCAUUUCAUUCCACAGCCAAGGGCAUUAGCUUGCUUUACUUACUUAAAAAAA